AAAAGCAAGGAAGAACAACAGAAAGGUUCCUUCCAACGUUUGGUCGAAGUUGGUCGAUUAGUCCUCAUUAACUCUGGUGAAUACGCUGGGAAGCUUGCCAUCAUCGUUGAAAUAAUUGAUCACAACAGGGUGAUUCCUAGGUUUAUAAAGGGAACUAGUGAAUUUAUUUUUGUUAAAUCAAUUAUUCAAUUUGUCGUAAAUUUGACACUAAAUUUACAGGCACUCAUCGAUGGUCCAACCACUGGUGUGGCUCGACAUGCUUACACUUUCCGUCGUAUGACUCUUACUGAUUUUGUAGUCAAAGGAUUUCCCAGGGGUGCUACUUCAAAAAUAUUAAAGAAGUAUCUUGAAAAAGAAGAUGUCUUGGCUAAAUGGGAUAAAUCAUCAUGGGCCAAGAAAUUAGAUGAUCGUAAGAAGAGAUCUGUGUUAACUGAUUUUGACAGAUUUAAAUUAUUAAAGCUGAAGAAACAGCGUCGUUUUAUCGUUCAAUCAGAAAUUGCUUCUCUAAGAAAGGCUAAAUAAAUGAAAAUUACUUAAUAUUAUAUAUACAUAAAAUUUGAUAUCUAUGGCGCACCAUAUUUUUUGUAUUUUAUUAAUUUGUUAGUACAUAAUAUAUAUCACUUUUACAUUAUCCAUGGAAAAAAGCAUUUGCGAAAAAAAAAGGUUCUUGGCACAUUUUUACUUGAUGUUAUAAAAAGACUUGUUUAAAAAUUUAAGUAAGUUUGAUAAAAAUUGUCACGCAAAACAUGUGAUAUAAUUACCCGAUUACCCAAUAUAGCAUUUAUUGUUGGACAACAGAUAUUGAUAUAAAAACUUUUAUUUCCGUGAAGCGUGAAGUGUUUCGUGUUGAGUUUUACCUUCCGUUGUUAUAUAUCCUGUACAUUUCUUUGUGUUUAAUAAAAUUUGAAGUAAACAGAAAAUUUUUUUUUUUUUUU